AUGGAUAUCAUAAGAAGAAAGGAGCUAGGAGAAUUACCAUCAAAGUCGACAUUGCUAAAGCGUUUGACACACUCUCGUGGGAGUUUCUCUUCUCCUGUCUACAUGGACUUCAGUUCCCACACCAGUUCCUCAGCCGUUUACAAGCGUGUAUCUGCACAACGAGUUUCAUGGUGGGAUAUAAUGGAUCAGUCAACGGUGCUUAAGGAGUUUGAACAACGCUCGGGUCUUGCUAUCAGUAUGCAAAAGACCAGCUUCUUUGCUUCCGGUAUGACAGAACCUGAGCUAGCUUCAAUUCAGGCCUCCACGGGCAUGACUCUUGGAUCGCUACCGUUUCGAUACCUGGGGGUUCCUCUCAAUUCCAGAAAGCUAACUCUAUCCAACUGUGAGCCACUGUUUCAACAAGUGAAAUCACGCUUCUCUUCUUGGCCUGACUCUGUAUGGGUGCAAUGGUUCAAGGAGGUUAUCCUCAAAGGAUCCGUUCACAACUUCUGGACCACCAAACCGAAGCAAUCAUUCUCUUGGUUUGUCAACAAGCUCCUAAAGCUUAAAGACACGAUCUUCCCGCUGGUCAAGCUAAGAAUACAGAAUGGGGAAUCAGCAUUGUUCUGGUUUGACAAUUGGACGCCAUUUGGGAGCCUAUCUGAUCAUCUCUCCAACUCGCCUUCACGUCUUGGAAUACCGCCUCAUGCCACUGUCUCCUCAUUGUUCAGGAAUGGAUCUUGGCACCUUCCACCUGCAAGGAUAGAGACACAAGUUCAACUUCAAGCUUACCUUAUGACAAUCACACUUACUGAAGACCAAGACUACUACGAGUGGGAGAUCAAUGGUCAGGUCUCAGAGCGAUUCAAAACGGGGGAAUUAUAUGCAUACCUCUGUGCGGAAAGAGCAGAUGUCCAAUGGUCCAAGGCGGUCUGGUUCUCAGGAGGAAUCCCACGACACAACUUCCACACUUGGUUAUCGGUCCUGGAUAGAAUCCCAACACGAGAUAGGUUGAUAAGUUGGGGCAUCAAAGUCGACGCAAACUGCCUCCUCUGCAACUCAAUGCCAGAAUCUAGGAAUCAUCUCUUCUUCUCUUGUUCCUUUAGUUUUCAGCUAUGGAGCAAGGUCGCCUCAAGGCUAGAGAUACAACCUCAGAGAGGCUGGGAGGACACUCUCAACCAAAUGACUGCGCUUCACCUACAGAAAUCGCAUCGUCUCCUGGUACUAACGGCUUGGCAAGCAACGGCUUAUUGGCUCUGGAAUGAGAGGAAUGCUAGACUGCACUCUAACACUUUCCGAUCUGUCGAUAGUAUCUUCAAACUCCUUGAUCGCCAACUGAUCAACAAGCUUCAGAGCUUCAGAGAAUUGAACCCUAGGAGAUCCUCGCAGAUGAUGCAAAGGUGGAUUCGCUUUGCAUGA